AUGUCUUGGGUGACGGAGUCUUGGGAAGACCAGCUAGAGGACGACGAGCCUGUUCUCGAUUCGUGGGACGUUGACUCCGAGGAGGAACGCGCAAAGGAGGCCGAGAAGAAGGCCGCUGCGGCCAAGAAGACAGUGACCAAGGCUCCAAAGGCCGUGAAGGGCGGCAAGAAGAAGACCGCCGAGAAGUCUGCUUUGGAAAUUGACCUUGUGGACGAGAAGACAAGAAGGGAGAUGUUGAAGGAAGCAGAGCUAAACUCGGAUCUGAACAACGCCGCAGACCUGUUUGGCGGUCUGGGUGUUGCUAAUGAGCACCCGCGUGCCAAGGCUCUUGCUGCGGAACAGGCCGCAAAGGCUGCUGCUCCGAAACUCGACAAGGACACUCCGCUAACUGCGCUGCCGAUAUUCGACGUGGAGACCAAGCAAGACUACGAGAAGUUGAGAAAGGCCGUUUCGCCUGCGCUGACGAACCUUGCCAAGAAGUCGCAGCUGCAUUAUUCCACCUCGCUGGCGGUCGAUCUGAUUAGAGAUCUGUGUGGUCCAAUGAGUGUGGAAAACACAAGAAAGGUGGUUAGCACUUUGAACGCCAUGAUUACACAGAAGGUGAAGGAGGAAAGACAGGCAAGAUUGGCCAAGACAGGCGGAACUUCUACUGGAGGAGCUGGAAAGAAGAAGGUUAAAGGUCAAGUCAACAUUGGAUCGUCUUUUAAGAAAGAUAAUUACGACGAUCUUUUACCAGGCGACGACGACUUUGGAGACGACGAUUUUAUGUAA